AUGGAUGAGUUAGUAAUAAGGACGGACGCCGGACAUUGCCUUCUCGCACGAUACCGACGGACACAGAACACUAGGGAUCUAGACCAAUCCAUAACGCGCUUUGAACGGGCCUCUGAUCUGUGCCCCAUGAAUCAUCCCUGCCGCCCUGCAGCACUGUUCAAUCUAGCUGCGGCAAAGUUUGUUAGUUGCCAAGUUAAUGUAACAUACCUCGACCUCGACAUCCCCAUCUCUCUUUUUCAAGACGCCCUUGACUUGCGUCCGACUGGUCAUCCUGACCGACCGAUCACUCAGCUCCAUCUUGCCAUUGCUCUGCUGUCGCGUUUCGCAAAACGGGGAUUUGAAACGGAUGCUGAUGCAGCUAAAGACCAGGACUUGGACGAUGCCAUCACGUGUUUUAGGGAAGCCCUGGCUUUACGUCCAGUCGGUCACACAAACUGGUCCAAGUCAUUAAGUAACCUUGCGAAUGUGCUCACUACCCGCUUCGAGCACCGAGGCAACGACCAAGACUUGGAUGAUCCUAUCAUCCUUCUCAGGGACGCGCUGGCUUUAUGUCCAGUCGGUCACCCAGAUCGGUCCAUAUUAUCACAUAGCCUUGCGAAUGUGCUUUUUACCCGCUUCAAGCACCGGGGCAACGACCAAGACUUGGAUGACGCUAUCAUGCUUCACAGGGACGCCCUGGCUUUGCGUCGAGAUGGUCAUUCGUAUCAGUCCAUGAUAUUCAAUAACCUUGCGAUUGCGCUCUCUACCCGCUUUGAGCACCGAGGCCACGACCAAGAUUUGGAUGACGCUAUCAUGCUUCAUAGGGAAGCACUGGCUUUACGUCCAGUCGGUCACCCAGAUAGAUCUACGUCAUUAAGUAACCUUGCGAAUCAACUCUCCACCCGCCUCAAGCACCGAGGUAAUGACCAAGACUUGGAUGAUGCUAUCGUGCUUCACAGGGAUGCGCUAGCUUUACGUCCAGUUGGUCAUGCAGAUCGGCCCUCGUCAUUUAAUAACCUCGCGAAUGUGCUCUUGACCCGUUUCCAGCACCGAGGCAAUGACCAAGACUUAGAUGACGCUAUCAUCCUUCUCAGGGACGCGCUGGCUUUACUUCCAGUUGGUCAUGCAUAUCUGCCUGGGUCAUUAAUGAACCUCGCGAAUUCGCUCUCUACCCGCUUCCAGCACCGAGGCAAUGACCAAGACUUGGAUGAGGCUGUCAUGCUUCAUAGGGACGCGCUGGCUUUACAUCCAGUCGGUCACCCACAUCGGUUCUCGUCACUCAGCAACCUUGGGAAUGUGCUCUAUACCUGCUUCAAGGACCAAGGCAGUAGACAAGACCUGGAUGAGGCUACCACGCUUCAGAGGGAAGCCCUGGCUUUACAUCCAGUCGGUCACACAAACCGGUCCUCGUCAUUAAAUAACCUUGCCAGUGUGCUCUCUGCCCGCUUCGAGCACCGAGGCAAUGACCAAGACUUAGAUGAUGCUAUCGUGCUUCACAGGGAUGCACUGGCUUUAUGUCCAAUCGGUCAUGCAGGUCGCUCCGUGUCAUUCAAUAACCUUGCGAAUUCGCUCUCUACCCGCUUCGAGCACCGAGGCAAUGACCAAGACUUGGAUGACGCUAUUAUGCUUUACAGGGACGCGCUAGCUUUACGUCCAGUCGGUCAUGCAGAUCGGUCUAAGUCAUUUAGUGGCCUUGCGAAUGCGCUCUUUACUCGCUUCGAACACCGAGGCAAUGACCAAGACUUGGAUGAAGCUAUCAUACUUUACAGGGAAGCACUGGCUUUACAUCCAGUCGGUCACCCGGAUCGGUCCACGUCAUUAAAUAACCUCGCGAAUGCGCUCUUAACCCGCUUCCAGCACCGAGGCAAUGACCAAGAUUUAGAUGACGCUAUCAUGCUUCAAAGGGACGCACUGGCUUUAGAUCCAAUCAGUCACCCAGAUCGGUCCACAUCAUUAAAUAACCUUGGAUCUACUCUUUCUACCCGUUACCAGCACCGAGGCAAUGAUCAAGACUUGGACGAGGCUAUCAUGCUUCACCGGGAAGCGCUGGCCUCACGUCCAGUUGGUCACCCUGAUCGGUCUGGGUCAUUAGAUGGCCUCGCAAAUGUGCUCUUUAUACGCUUCCAGCACCGAGGCAAUGACCAAGACUUGGAUGACGCUAUCAUGCUUUACAGGGAAGCACAGGCUUUACGUUCAGUCGGUCAUGAAUAUCGGUACAAGUUAUUAAAUAACCUUGCAACUGCGCUCUCUAUCCGCUUCGAGCACCGAGGCAAUGACCAAGACUUGGAUGAGGCGAUCAUGCUACUUAGGGCCGCGCUGGAUCUGUGCCCAUGCGGUCACCCAGAUCGGCCCGCGUCAUUCAAUAGCCUUGCGAAUGUGCUCUAUACCUCCUUUGAGCACCGAGGGACUGACCAAGACUUGAAUGAGGCCAUUAUACUUCAUAGGGACGCGCUGGCUUUACGUCCAGUCGAUCACCCGGGUCGGGUCAUGUCAAUAAAUAACCUUGCGAAUGCGCUCUUUAAGCGCUUCAAGCACCAAGGCGAUGACCAAGACUUGGAUGAGGCUAUCAUGCUUCAUAGGGAUUCGCUGGCUUUACGUCCAGUCGGUCACCCGGGUCGGGGCACGUCAUUGCAUAACCUUGCGAAUAUGCUCGCCGCCCGCUUCGAGCACCGACACAAUGGAGAAGACCUACGCGAGUCACGAGAGAAUCUCAGCUAUGCAUCGACUCUGUUGACGCAACAUGAUCCUCAUCAAUUGAUUGUCCACUCCUCACUAGCUACCGUCUAUCUGUUGUUUCAUCGAUCAGGACUUGACAACACUGGCGAAGUUACUGACAGUCUGAAUACUACCAUGCAUCAUCGCAAGGCAGCAGCAAAUCUUGUCUCCGGAGGUUUGCGACAUCGCCUGCGAGCAAGUCUAUGCUGGGUUCGCGAUGCCAAUGAAUAUUCACAUGAUACUCAACUGGAGGCUUAUGCGACUUCCAUGCAGCUUCUCGACGCUUACAUGUCUGCGACAGCUUCAGUAUCGUCUCGCCACAAUACCAUGAAGGACUUUCCACGUACGCUUGCCGUGGAUGCUGCAUCAUGUGCUCUUCGUAGCGGUGAUGUCUGUCGCGCUGUCGAGUUGUUGGAACAAGGCAGGACUCUCAUCUGGACCCAGAUGACACGACUACGCAUGCCUCUUGAUGGCCUCCAAGAUCUCGGUGAUCAUGCAGUCGCCCUGAUGAAGAAGUUCAGAGACAUCAGCUCCCUCCUUAAUACACCUCCUACGAAUUAUCAAGAAGGGACCCCAAGCGUUAAUGUAGAAGCCGAAGCAAGCCGGUACCGACGUCUAGUGGAGGACUGGAAUAGAGUUGUAGAAGAGAUUCGGAAUAUCGAGGGCUUCUCUCGCUUCCUACUUCCCCCCUUGUUCUCAGAUCUCCAAGAUGCAGCUCGUGAUGGGCCUAUUGUCGUGCUCGUUGCAAGCAAGUCGUCUUGCGAUGCCAUUAUUAUCCCGCACAACCAACCUCCGAUAAGCAUUAAACUCCGCAUCAAUUUGGAGAAACUCCAAAAUUUGGUGCACAGAUUUCAAUCGGCAAGUCAACCACAGGCCGCUCCCAACCCCCCCGAAGCUGCUCCCACACCCGCCCCCCAAAGCACCCACUCAGCCCUGAUGAAAGCUUUGAGGGAGUUAUGGAAUGACAUCGUCCACCCGGUGAUCGAACAUCUGGGCGGAUUUGCACCAUCGCGUUCCCGGAUAUGGUGGUGCCCCACGGGUGCCUUCAAUUUCUUGCCGUUGCACGCCGCUGGCGAGUACAGGGCACACGGACAGUCCCUUUCGCAGCUGUAUAUCUCUUCAUACACGCCAUCGCUUACCGCCCUGAUCAGGACUCGCAGAAGUCAUGACAGAUCCCUGUCAGUGCCCUUUGCUGCCAUCGGUCAGAACCACCCAGCCGGUCAUCUAUUCACUUUGGAGUGUGUGGAGCCUGAACUAGAAUUGGUGCGGAGUCUUUUGCCCCCUCCUCCGACUGUUUCCUUCACCAAGAUAACGAGCGUUGAGGCAACAAAAUCGAGAGCGUUGGAUGCAUUGCGAGACAAUACCUGGCUUCAUUUUUCGUGUCACGGGACACAGAACUAUACAGAACCCUUCAAUUCGGCCUUUCUCAUGCUCGACCAACCGCUUUCACUCCUCGAUAUCUCACAAAUGGAUCUGUCUCGUCAUGAAUUUGCCUUUCUUUCAGCAUGUGAAACCGCAGUCGGUGAUGCCAAUACGCCUGACGAAGUCAUACACCUGGCGGCUAGCUUACAAUUUGCUGGGGUACAGAGUGUAGUCGGGACAUUAUGGGAGGUCAACGAUAGUACGGUGCAGCGCUUAGUCGAGGCAUUCUACAAGAACUUGUGCGGGGAUGGCAAAAUGAAUUCCAAGCGCGCUGCCCGUGCGCUGCACCGAGCGGUGCAGUCAUUGGCUAGUGACAAGGACAUGCCAUUGGAGCAGCGCAUUGUGUUCAUGCAUAUUGGCAUAUGA